CCUGUGUGAACGGUAGCUCUCAGCGCCCUCCAGAAUGACUUUACUUGUGGCGAUACUUUCGUUGCGUGUGUGAGUGAACCCGGCUUCAGAUGCGUCGCCACGACGCUGGCUAUCGACUUGAUACCAGACAUAUUAGAGCUCACCCGUUUGUCUAUUUAGUGUGUAUACUGCGCUCGAAGUGCUUUGCUGCUAAGUAAUGGCGUCAAGUGUAAAUGAAGUGGAAAGUAAACAGUUGCUUUCCGAAACGAACGAAGAUCCUGAUGUCGUCGCUGACUUUGAACCAGGGGCAUGCAAAGAAAGCAUGCUCGUCACAACAGAUUCUUUUGAAGAACUGGAACAGGAAAUGGACUCUAGUUUUGAUGACAGACAGAUGAAGGAAAGUACUACUAGUACUAUUAGCGAAAUUCAAGAGGAACUGCAUGACACAACUGUUCCGGAAGAUUCAGCAUCUGAUGAUGACAAGCUUAAAAAUGAUGUGGAGGAAUUAGCCUCACAACUAAGUGAAGCAAGUUUGACUUCAAAUGAAGAGGGUACAACAGCCGCUACUCCAGUUGGUUCUGUGCCAGAAGAAGAAUAUUGGAACAACACUGAAUGGAAGGCAAAAAAGAAACAUGUAUUCAUUCUAAGUACAGCUGGUAAACCUAUAUAUUCAAGAUAUGGCAGUGAAGAUAAACUGGUGACUAUAUUUGGUGUAAUGCAAGCACUUGUUUCAUUUGUACAAGCAAAUCAAGACACCAUACGUUCAAUACAUGCAGGAAAAACUAAGUUUGUCUUCCUUUUAAAAGGGCCAAUAAUACUGGUCUCUGUUUCUCGUACAGAAGAAAAUGUCUCCCAGCUUGUUCUGCAGCUUACGUAUGUAUAUAACCAAAUUGUCAGUGUGCUGACUUCUUCACAGUUAACAAGAAUUUAUGAACAGAGGCGGAACUAUGAUCUCCGCCGACUGCUGGCUGGUGCAGAAAGAUUGAUUGACCACCUUUUAAACUUUAUGGAACGUGAGCCAGCAUUUCUUUUGGGUGCUGUCAAGUGCCUACCACUAGCUGCAUCUGUAAGAGAUGCUGUUACACAAACUAUUAUUCAGAUAUGUGGAAAAAUAAAGAAUUUGGUUUUUGCUAUACUGCUGGCCAACAACCAACUUAUAACUCUAGUCCGCAUGAAGAAGUACUUCAUUCAUCCUGCUGACCUUCACCUGAUAUUCAACUUAGUAAAUUCUUCAGAAUCAUUUAAGGCAGCUGAGAGCUGGACUCCAAUUUGCCUCCCCAAGUUUGAUUCAACUGGUUUUCUGCAUGGUCAUGUGUCAUACCUAGCAGAAGACUGUCAGGCCUGUCUGUUACUCCUCACUGUUGACAGAGAUGUAUUUUUUACAUUAUCAGAAGCAAAACAAAAAGUAGUUGAGAAAUUGCGUCGAGGUAACUGUCUGGAAGCAAUCAAUGAGUCACUCUCACGGCCAACAUUGACUGUGUCCCAAGUUGGAGUUGCAGACAUGCGCCACUUCUUAUACAAGUGCCGAUCGACUGCACAGUUUUGGAGCCCAGCAAUGGAAGCACCGUACAACUCACCAGAGGAAGCAGAGCGUCUACUUGGUCUUUACCAGGCUCUUCAUCAACGACUACACUCUGCAAGUCGACCGCUCAAGCUGCUUCAUCAGCAGCUUGAGAGAGAGACAAUGCUUGGAUGGGUUACUACAGGGUUCGAGCUCUACAUAACAUUUGAACCAUUGGUUACGAAGCUCAGUGCAAUUAAUGCAGUCAAUAAACUUCUGCGUUGGAUUAAGAAAGAAGAGGAACGCCUGUUUAUAUUAAAUGCACCAACCUUCUAAUUAAGUAUUUGUGUAUUACUUACGAAGCUGUGAGUUUGAAUGCUACCACCUUAAAAAUGGACUGUUUCUAAAGCCAGUUAUGUUGCCCUGUCCAAAAAAUUGAAUUAUUCCUGUAAUUCUGGCCUUUCUUUCGGCUUUACAGCAAUAACAUAAUAUAAAGAUUUUGUUGACAUUGAUGUCUUUGGAUCGGGUGUCAUCUCUUCUCUGUUAAAAUAUAUGAGACAUUCAAGAACACAAAACAGACCAAACGUAACAAGCUAAAUAGUCGACUUGAAAACAAUAUAAACUGUAUUAAUAUAGGUAAAUUAGACAUUCUCUUUUGAAUGAGAUGAUGAUUGUUGGUGCCUUUUUGGAAAUAGCAUAGUUUCAUCAAAAGUUACACAAGAAAUGCUAAAUACAAAACAAAUUGAUUUGCAGAAAAGACGAUUAUCUCCAGUUCACAAAAUCCAUAAUUCUUGCAUAAUGAUGAUAUGCAGUAGCAAACAUAGUCAGGUAUUUCUGCUUUUUGAAUGAGAAGGAAAGAAGAGAGAACGAUGUUUGAAUCUCCUUUAUAAUAUCAUUCAUUUGGGGAUACUGUGACAUAUAUUGCUUAUUUGUGUACAUAUAUGAUUGAUCGUAAUCAUAAUUCAGUCUGUUUUGUUAUAUAUACUGUGGAAUGCUGUAAUGAGCAGAAUACUUAUGUACAUGAUGAAAAACUGUUCUCUUUUUUGUAAGAGUUGUUAUAAAUUACAGUAUCUGAGUGGUGGAGAAUUUUUAGUGUGUAUGAUCACUUCAUUUUGCAACUUCUCGGAUACUGUUACAGACCUUGGCUACUGUGUAGCCUCAGUGUAUAUUGUUCAUUGUAAUAAAACAUUCCAGUACCUAA